UUAUGAACAUAGUGUGGCAGCAUCAUUAAUUUUGUUUCGACGCUAAGUUGGCCAAUUUAUUAUAUAGUGCAUGCUUUUGCAUAUGUUAAAUAUCGUAAAAUUUAUACAAUAAUAUCGUCGGAUUAGAAUUUUCAAUGGCCCAGGUGUCAAAUAAAUCUGGUACAGGUUGGCCAAGACGCAGCAGUCAGGGCCAAGUAGACGGAAAUGUAAAUAAUGGAAUGCAGAAAUACUCGGCUGGACAGUGCUUGGCCAUAAACAGAACAAUAAACUUAUAUCCUUUGACUAAUUACACAUUUGGAACAAAGGAACCAUUAUUUGAAAAAGAUCCAUCAGUUCCAUCACGCUUUCAAAGGAUGCGAGAAGAAUUUGAUCGUAUUGGUAUGCGGCGCUCAGUUGAAGGAGUCCUACUUGUCCACGAACAUGGUUUACCCCACGUAUUACUUCUGCAGUUGGGUACAACAUUUUUCAAGCUUCCUGGGGGUGAACUUAAUGCAGGAGAAGAUGAGGUAGAAGGCCUCAAACGCCUUCUUACCGAAACAUUGGGGCGACAAGAUGGCGUGAAACAAGAUUGGAUUGUGGAAGACACAAUUGGAAACUGGUGGCGACCGAAUUUUGAACCACCUCAGUAUCCAUACAUUCCGCCACAUAUUACGAAACCAAAAGAACACAAACGGCUGUUUUUGGUACAGUUACAUGAAAAGGCUUUAUUUGCUGUUCCCAAAAAUUACAAGCUUGUAGCGGCACCCUUAUUCGAACUCUAUGACAAUUCUCAAGGAUAUGGUCCAAUUAUAUCAUCGCUGCCUCAGGCCUUAUGCAGGUUUAAUUUUAUUUAUAUGUGAAGGAAUGGCGAGUUUUUCGGGACAUAUUAUAAUAGUUAAUCUAAAUAAAUCCACAUUGGUAUUUUACUUA